AUGGCAGCCCUAGCUGGCACCCUGGCCGAGGCUGCUCCAGGCAGCCACAAGCUCCCUCUGUUCAACGGUGUCAAAGUUGUCCAAGCGUCUGUUGACACGUCUGCCUCCCCUGAAUUUACUGGUAUGACACAUGCCCUUCUUUCCGUCGUCUAUGUCAAAGCUAGAUCUUUUGUAAAGCUGACAGACUCAUGGGCAGUUCUUGAUAGCUUCAGCUGCAAAGGGUCCACUCUCUGCGGUAGGGGCGUGUCGGCGGCGGAUUGUGGCGCCGCUUAUCGUAUAAUCGAUAGGAAUCAUCGAUACUUUACCGGAUCUGGAGCCACUCAAACCGGUGUCUGCUACAAAAAGUGCGGCAUUUUUGUCGAAGGGGGUAAUUGCGAUUUAUCGGGGAAGGAGAUGAUUGACGGUUACAACCAACUUCGGAGCAGAGGCUGCAAAAUUUGCGGAAGCAAGACCUACAAUGAUGGCUGCCGGUUGGUUAUCAACUAUGUCACUGGCUGCUAG